CAGACACACACAUACAUACAUAUCAUUUUCUCCAUUUUCUUCUUCCCAAAAGAGUUUGCUACAAAAGAAAAGAAAGAAAGAAGAAACAACAGCAAGAUGAGAGCCAAAGCGCACCACCAAAACAAGUUCAUGCGGUUCAUCACAAUACCCAUUAGGGUUCUGAACAAAGCCAUGGACAUGUACGUAAAAAGGAUGACAGAUUGUGCUGACAAAGUCGGUUAUGGCAACAUCAUGGGAGGCCCGGUCCAACCGGUAGCCAUGCCAAGAAGCUUCAGUUCUAGCUCGACGAGGUCUAACGAUAGUGAAGAUUUCAGAGAGCUCAUGAGAAUUGCAUCUACUAGGAGUUUGGGGAAUACAGUUAACAUGGAUUUGCAUACGCAGCAACACAAGAGUCAGCCAAACAUUAUCGAGUCAAGGGGUGUUCCUCGGAGUUGCAGUGUUGGGAUGGGUAGAAUUGAUGAAGACAAGCCCUGUGUUUUUGGAGAAGACAAUGUUAAUUUCAAGACAGAAUUGAUGUACCCAAGGAGCAGAAGCUAUGCUGUCACAAAGAGAAGUGUUGUCUUUUGAUAUCCUUAAUUAAGGGAUUUUUGGGGAACUUUCUUGAAGGAGAAAUUUGCUUUUCUUCAUGUUUCACUCAAUUUCUUUGUUUGUUUGUUUGGUUUUUUUUUUUUUGUGGGUCAGACAAUUUCUU